ACACAACAGAUUCUCCUGAGCAGCCUACAGAGACAGAGAGAGGGAUUGAGGACUAAUUGUACAUCCCUACCUGACUGCAACCUUUCUUCCCUUCCAUCUAACUAUGGUGAACUCUGUGAAGCUCUGGCCGAUGAUGGUGGCUGUGGCAGUGUGUGCAUUUAUAUGUCUGGGCACCGUAGUACAAGGGUAUCCCACAAAACCAGAAAAUCCCGGAAAUGAUGCAUCGCCCCAAGAGAUGGCAAAAUAUAUGACUGCACUGAGGCAUUAUGUUAACCUGAUAACAAGACAAAGAUAUGGAAAGAGGGACAGCCGAGCUGAUAGUCUGCUGUCUGACCUUCUUACUGGGGACUUUGAAAACUACAAUAGCAGAUCAAGGUUUGAUGACUCUUCCUACAAUUGGUGACUAAUCAACCCACCUGCCCCUCUCUUCCUUGGCUAAUAGCUGCCCUUCCCUUCUUUUUCAUGUUUCGAUUAUUUUUACAUCAUAAUGCAUUCUGAUGGAGCCUGUGUCACAUGUCCCUCUCCAGCAGGGUGUGAAGAGCAGGCUGUGAUGCCCUUGCGAGAUGAAACGUGUGAGUGUGUGAGCACGUGUGGGUGUGACAUAAUGUGUGUCUUUGUGUGUCGCCUCUCCCAUGACACAAAGUUUGUGAUGUUUCCAGAAUUAAAAGCAAGUUUAAUGGAACU